AAAAACAAUCUGAGGCUAAGAAAUCUGCUGGAUGGGUCAAAAGGACAGCUGGUGCUUUUGGAAAAGCCAUUGUUAAUACAUCUCAAUAUUUGCUUGAUUUGGAAAGAGAUGCAAGCAAAGCUCUUGAAUCAUUACUAAGGAAAGCCUGGGCCCAUCAUAGAGAAUUAAGGAUACUUGUUAGUGGGAAGACAGGUCAAGGAAAAUCUUCACUCAUUAAUGGCAUUCUUGGUGCUCAUGUUGCUAGUGAAGGAGCUGGUGCAAAAAGAUGUACAACACAAGUUGAAAUGUAUUCAGAAAUCAUCAAAGGUGUGCCAAUCAAAGUCUUUGAUUUUCCUGGCUUACAAGAUCAUACAGCAAAUGAAGAGGAGUACAUACAAGGAAUGAGAGAAACAUGCCAAGAGCUUAGUUUAGUCCUCUACUGCACUAAGAUGAUAGUUUUAAUACUUGACUAACUGAUGAUGACAAGAAUGCUAUGGUUAAGCUAACAAAAGCUUUUGGAGAAAGUUUUUGGAACUAUUCUGUGUUUGUCCUCACUUUUGCUAACCUUGAAAAUGCUGCAAGAAAAGAUGACAGAGAUGCUGACGAGGAAGAACCAGAUGAAGAUGAUGAGGAGGGAUGGAAAGAAUUAGAAAAAAGAAGAUUUACAAGACGGUUGGAAUUAUGGAAAAAAGAGCUUCAAAGUUUUUUAGUGGAAGAACUUAAAGUAACACCAAAAAUUGUAUGCAACAUUCCUGUUGUACUAACUGGUGAUAACAGGGAGACGCACAAGAAUCCCAAGUAUAUUACCUUGCCUGAUCGUAAAAAUUGGUUUGAUGAUUUUUGGGAGGCAUGUAUUGAGAGAAAAAAAGAUAAUAAAUUAAUUCUACAUCUUGGAGAAAUUGGGUCUAGAUCUAGAGGUACCACUGAGUAUGAACUGCUUAAAAAGCAUAGAAAUGAAUAUCAGGAAGCUAAGACAAGCACUGAAAGAUUUGAAGCCGCUAGAAAUUUUUUUGUAUACAAAGAGUGGAAACAAAAUACAGAGGUAGUUUGA